AGCAUGGCACUGGUAGGAAGAGACAUGAAGAUGGACAGGGCCUGUGCGCAGGCGAGCAGAGGCUGGGAAGACCAGGACACUAAGUGGACCCAGGAGUAAGGGGGAACCCGUUCACAUGAGGCUUUUAGGGACUGCUUUGGGAGAGACCCUGCAGCUACUUGUAGCUGCACAGAAGGACCCCUACCUUCUCUGAGCUCCUCUUUCUUAGGGGAUGGGGAAACUCCAAGAAUUGAGAGGAGAAGUUUUAUCCAAGUAUGAAAACCAAAUUACUAUUUUUGCUGACUACCUAGAAGAAUUUCCAGAUACAGAUGACCUGGUAUGGAUCUUGGGGAAACAGCAUCUCCUUAAAACAGAAAAAUCUAAGCUGUUGUCUGAUAUAAGUGCUCGUCUAUGGUUUACAUACAGAAGGAAAUUUUCACCAAUUGGAGGAACGGGCCCUUCAUCAGAUGCUGGCUGGGGAUGUAUGCUACGCUGUGGACAGAUGAUGCUGGCUCAAGCCCUUAUCUGCAGACACUUGGGAAGGGACUGGAACUGGGAGAAACAAAAAGAACAACCCAAAGAAUACCAGCGGAUCCUACAGUGCUUCUUAGAUAGAAAAGACUGUUGCUACUCUAUCCAUCAAAUGGCACAAAUGGGUGUAGGAGAAGGAAAGUCAAUUGGCGAAUGGUUUGGACCAAAUACAGUUGCACAGGUGUUAAAAAAACUUGCUUUAUUUGACGAAUGGAAUUCCUUGGCUGUUUAUGUUUCAAUGGAUAACACAGUGGUCAUUGAAGAUAUCAAAAAAAUGUGCCGUGUCCUUCCCUUGAGUACUGAUACAGACGGUGAGAGUCCCCCUGAUUCUCUGAAUGCUUCGAACCACAGUAAGGCCACCUCUGCCUGCUGCCCAGCCUGGAAAUCCCUGCUGCUCAUUGUGCCCCUCCGCCUGGGCAUAAACCAAAUCAAUCCUGUCUAUGUUGAUGCAUUCAAAGAGUGUUUUAAGAUGCCACAGUCUUUAGGGGCAUUAGGAGGAAAACCAAAUAACGCCUAUUAUUUCAUAGGAUUCUUAGGGAAGCUGGGAGAAGCUCUUGCUGUGAGAAACUCUGGCCAAGGUGAUGAGCUCAUUUUCCUGGACCCUCACACAACCCAGACCUUUGUUGACACUGAAGAGGAUGGAACCGUUGAUGAUCAGACUUUCCAUUGUCUGCAGUCGCCACAACGAAUGAAUAUUCUGAACUUGGAUCCUUCCGUGGCAUUGGGAUUUUUCUGCAAAGAAGAAAAAGACUUUGAUAACUGGUGUAGUCUUGUUCAAAAGGAAAUUCUAAAGGAAAACUUAAGGAUGUUUGAAUUAGUUCAGAAACAUCCAUCGCACUGGCCUCCCUUUGUACCUCCAGCCAAACCAGAGGUAACAACCACUGGGGCAGAAUUCAUUGACUCUACUGAACAACUAGAGGAGUUUGACUUGGAGGAAGAUUUCGAGAUUCUGAGUGUAUAAAAUAGUAGGAACUCAACCUUAAGAUUUGUCUUCCAUCUGGCACCAGAAGAACAUGAACUCAUUACAUAAAACUUUUGUAGUCAGCAAGUGCCUGUUAUGCCAACAGCAUACAAACUUGAUAGCAAUCAAUCAUGACUGAGCCAAUCACCGCUUCUCAGAAAAAACAUUUAACAAUCCUCUCCCAGAAAGAACUAAAACAAUCAUGGGAUCUAGGAGCAGAAAGAUUAGGAGCCAUUCUUUGCUUCUCAGCUUGUCUUACUUGGCCAUAGUGACUCUGCCACUACUGAAAUGAGGAGGUGGACUUCUGGAAGAUAGACAGCAACUCCCACCUUGCUUCAAGCACCAGCAGAUGAGAAAUGGUUACCCGUGCUUCCGCACCCUUUUAGGUGUGACCUCUUUUGGGCUAAAUACUAAGAAGCAGUCUGUUCUUUUGCUCUAAUAAUAAAGUGAUUACACCAGGGAGAAAAA